AUGGCCAACGUCGAGGUGUUCGUGUGCGGCGGCACCGGCCUGGUCGGAAGCGCGCUCGUGCGACAGCUAAAACGCGCGAGCGAAUCGACCGAAGAAGGCGUGGCGCUGCGCGGCUUCUGUUCCUCAAAAGAAAUCGUGUCGUGCGCCAAGGGAAACGCGCGAGCGAGCAUCGGCGGCGACGCGAUCUCGGACGAGGAAAUCAUUUUGUGCUGCUCCUCUCCGGACGCCAUCGUGUGCGUUGUGGACUGCACGUCGAGCGAGACCGUGACCGCUCGCUACGCUGAUUGGCUCGAACGCGGUUGGAACGUUGUCACGUGCAACAAGAAGGCGAACAGCGGCGAUUAUGAGUAUUACGCGCGAUGCGUCGCCGCGACGAAGAUGACCGGUGGUGGUAAAUGGUUCGUCGAGGCAACCAUCGGAGCUGGGUUACCCACGGUGUCAACGCUCCGCACGCUCAUUGCGACGGGUGACUGCGUGGAAUCGGUGCAAGGGAUCUUUAGCGGUACCAUGAGCUUCCUAUUCAACACUUGGGAUGGUGUUAGCCCGUUUUCGGACAUCGUCGCGCAGGCGAAAGCGGCUGGUUACACGGAACCUGAUCCUCGUGAGGAUCUGAACGGACUAGAUGUUGCUAGAAAGGUUGUCAUUGCCGCUCGGGAGUGCGGCUUGCAAAUUUCACUUUCUGACGUCGAAGUCGAGUCUAUGGUUCCGUCGCACUUGGAAACAUGCUCCUCGGAUGAUUUCAUGAAGCGUUUUUCAGAGAAUGACGAACUGAUGGCGACGCGCGCGAAGGAAGCGGAGAGCGAAGGAUGCGUCCUGCGAUUUGUUGGCAAGGUUGACGUCACAGACGCCAAGGCGUCUGUGUCAUUGGCCAAGUUCUCAAAGUCGCAUCCGUUCGCAUCGCUAUCAGGUGCUGAUAAUAUUUUCGAAAUCAAGACGGCGCGAUACGGGCCGACGGGAAUGAGCACGCCGCUCAUCAUCCGAGGCCCCGGCGCAGGCGCGGAGGUCACCGCCGCUGGCGUGUUUGGAGAUAUUGUCGCGCUCAAGAAUUCGUCGCUCGCGUAG